AUGGCCCAGGACAACAGCAACUCCACUAUGGAGAUGGGAACCAGUGACCAGGUCCUGGUGGCAACGAAACGUAAGAAGACUAUAGGAUACAUCAUCGGAACUAUCGCUAUGUUGGCCGUAGGAGGAGUGGUGAUAGCUCUUAUCGUAGUGCUAUCUCCUGAUAGUGCCGCCACCCCAACCCCUUCACCUAUCGUCUCGCCAACCACAGAUACAUCAGCAGGCUCAACGGAAGGCCCGACUUCUCCUCUAACUCCAUCAACAACAGGGCCUACUUCAACAACUUCAACAACUACGACUACAACAACGACGACAACAACAACGACGACUACAGAAUCUCCAAAUGAAGGUCCUGGACCACUGGAUUUGGAAGAUAUCAUUGAUGGAGUGUUCUCGCCACCGUCUUUCAACGCCACAUGGUCAACAGGUAGCGAACUGUUGUUCCGAAACGCCAAUGGCGACUUGGUGCUGUAUGACGUGGAUAGCGACAGCUCAAUGCCUAUAGUUUCCAACACAUCAAAGAUUUUGCAAGAAGCCAGCAGAGUAAUGCAGCUGUCUCCGGAUGGCAAUGAAGUUAUAUUAGCAUACAAUGUAGCACCGGUGUACAGAUACAGUUUCCUUGCCCGCUAUACUGCAGUGAACCUUGCAACCGGAGAAGAAGUGUCCAUCGCUCCUCCAGGCAUUGCCAGAGACCAGGCGUUCCUCCAAAACUUUGUAUGGGGACCCUCAGGAACAUCUUUGGCUUUCGUCUACCGGAACGAUAUCUACUACCAGGCUUCUGUAAGAGAUACUCCUCGUCGGAUCACGGAUGACGGUGUUUUGAAUAUCAAGUACCACGGUAUCCCCGAUUGGGUAUACGAAGAGGAAGUAUUUGGUUCGAGCAAUGCUAUAUGGUUCUCCAAAGAUAAUACCAAAAUGACGUACGUCACCUUCGACGAUACUAAUGUGGAAGUGAUGAGAGUCCCCCACUACGGUAUUCCCGGAGAUCCGGCCCAUCAAUACACUCGUCAUUCUCAGAUCCGGUACCCCAAGCCCGGCACUACCAACCCAACAGUAUGGGUAACUCUGUUGGAUUUGAACACGGGUGGUAAAAACGUGUAUAACGCCCCCACUGACAUAAAUCAGCCUAUUUUGAAGACGGUGAAGUUCAUAACUAACUCGGCGAUUGCCUUGGUGUGGACAAAUAGGGUGCAAACUUCUCUAAGGGUGCAACACUGCACGGCUGGUUCAGAUACUUGCGCAACGGUGUUCAAUUAUGCUGAGACCAACGGUUGGAUUGACAACAUUCCGUUCUUCUACAACGAUGCUGGAAAUUCUUUCAUCACUAUUCUGCCCCAAGCCGUCGAAGGUGUCCUGUUCAAGCAAAUUGUUCAAGUUACUGAAGGUGUUGCCGCUGCCAGAAAUCGCGUUAACAACCCUCACACAGUUCUUGAGAUCCUUGCCUGGGGUUCUGACGAUGUUAUCUGGUACAAAGCAACAAGCGUCAGUGAUUCUCGGGAACAGCACAUAUUCUCAGUGAACGCUCAAGGUGUCAUCUCCUGCUUCACUUGCAACAUUCGUCGGACGGACGGAGGUGAAUGCCUCUACAAUGAAGGCACAGUCAGCACCUCUGGAGACAGAAUCACCAUUAAUUGUGCCGGACCUGAUGUACCACAAAUCUUCAUCUACAAAACUAACGGCGAACUGGUGCGCGUUUGGGACGACGGUGCGGAUCUAUCAGCUCUCAUGGCUAACCACACGCUACCCGUGACUAUCCGAGCACAAAUACCUACGUCACUGGGUCAGACGACCUCUGAUAUCCACAUCCAGGCACCUGCCGACUAUGCUCUAAGAACUAACGUACCACUGCUCGUCUAUGUGUACGGUGGUCCCGACACGGCUCUGGUGACGAGGCAAUGGAGCCUUGACUGGGGCAGUUCUCUAGUCACUCGUUGGGGUAUUGCUGUAGCUCAUAUUGAUGGUAGAGGAUCCGGCUUGAGAGGAGUCGAAAACAUGUUCGCCUUGAACAGGAAACUCGGAACCGUUGAGGUUGAGGACCAGAUCGCUGGCGCAAAAUAUAUUCAAGACAAUUUCCCAUGGAUCGAUGCCAACCGGACCUGUAUCUGGGGUUGGUCUUACGGAGGCUAUGCGGCAAGUAAAGCACUGGCUGAAGGAGGCGAAGUCUUCAGAUGUGCUGCAGCCGUCGCUCCUGUGGUUGACUGGAGGUUCUAUGACACUAUCUACACCGAACGUUACAUGGGCCUUCCAAACCCGGAUGACAAUGCUGAGGGCUAUGCAACGUCCUCCCUUCUCACUGAUCAAGUGGCGGAGUCCCUUCAUGACAAGAGCUACUUCUUGAUCCAUGGCACAGCUGACGACAACGUGCACUAUCAACACGCCAUGUUGCUGUCUAGGCUGUUGCAGAGGCGAGAUGUCUACUUCACGCAAAUGAGCUACACAGAUGAAGACCACGGUCUGGUUGGUGUAAGGCCGCAUCUCUACCACGCAUUAGAGAAGUUCCUACAGGAAUAUAUGUUGUAA